CUGGCUUUCUUUCGGUGCAAAGUCAUUCGACCCUAUCAUUCAUUCCACUUUGUGAAAACUAGUGAAAAGUGCCUUACUUGAGAAAGGGUUUUAGUGCAGAUUGCAGAAGAAAGUAUCUUCCUCUCCUCUCCUCCGUUUCCAAUUCCCAACUCUGCAUAUAGAUAUAGAUAUAGUAGAGAGGAAAACUGCAUAUAGAUCGAUCGGAGCACAACAAACAACAUAAUCAUGGCGUAUGUAGAUCACGCAUUCUCAAUAUCCGACGAGGAUAUCAUGAUGGACUAUUCCCACAACAUCAACAAUCGCCCUCCUUCCAAGGAAAUCUCCCUCGCCAUCUCUCUCCUCAUCUUCGGAACCCUAGCCAUUGCCUUGGGGAUCUUCAUGUCCAUUAAUCGCGUCGGCGGCGACCGCACUCACGGAAUCUUCUUCGCAAUACUUGGGGCUGUCUUGUUCCUUCCAGGGUUCUACUAUACUCGUAUUGCUUACUAUGCUUACAAGGGUUACAAAGGCUUCUCUUUCUCCAACAUUCCCCCUGUUUAAUUACUUCUCUUCUCUUCUCUUCUCUUCUUCAAUGACAAAACACACACACACACACACACUAGGUUUCUUUUCUUACUCUUUCUUUCUUUCUUUCUGGAUCCUGUACAUAUAUCUUUCUUACUUCCAUUGAAUUGAAUGAAAACAAUUUCUUUCCUUCCUUAACAGUCUCUUUAUCUCUUCUUGUUU